AUGGUGUCUCUCAAUUGGCUUAUGAGCGCAGUUUUGCUCACCGGGAUGACAGCUGCCCAUCCGGGUGAACCUCAUGAUCCUGAGCAACAUAAGCGCGCACUGGUUGCUCGUGAUUUCGCUGCUAAGCAGCACGCUCGCUCCUAUAGUCAAUGCUCUAACUCACCACGUGCCCUGGAACGUGAGAAGCGUGCUAUCAGUCGUCGUAUGCAGAAGGUCAACGAGCUUCGAAGCAAACGUGGAAUCAAGUCAAUGGCUCGCAAAGCAAAGAGGGACUUGGAAGACCUCCAGAGCUGGGAGACGAUCAACCACAACAAGACUGGCUCCCUUGACUAUGAUAUGUUCACUCCCAUCGCCGACAUCUUCGGUGCCAACACUAGCUGUAUCCUGGCACCCGAGGUUACCAACGGUCCUUACUACAUCGUGGGCGAGUACAUGCGUUCAAAUGUCAAGGAGUCCCUCUGGAGUGAAGGCGUUGACCUAUUCCUGGAAAUCCAGUACAUCGACGUCAACACUUGCGAGCCAAUUCCGACCGUCGCCGUCGAUAUUUGGAACUGUAACGCUACUGGCAUCUAUAGUGGCAUCUCCACUGACGGAAACUAUGCCGCGGAUGGAGUCAAUUCGACCUAUCUGCGCGGAAUCCAGCUGACCGACCAUGAUGGUGUCGUCCAGUUCGAAACGAUCUUCCCUGGCCACUACGACGGCCGUGCCACCCACACCCAUAUCUUGGCCCACAUCAACGGUACCCUGAGCCCCAACGGGACUAUUCAGGUCUGGGAUGCUCCCAUGGCACACAACGGUCAACUCUUCUGGCCCGAAGAUCUACGCGAGGAGGUCGAGGCAACUUAUCCCUACACCCUCAACACCCAGAGCAUAACCACCAAUGAUGAGGACAUGUGGACGAUCGUUCAGGCCGAUGAGAGCUAUGAUCCUUUCCCCCAGUUUGUCUACCUUGGUGACAGUAUUGAGGACGGCCUCUUCGCCUGGAUCCAAGUUGGCCUCAACGCAACUGCUGACUACUCCGAAGACGAUUACUAUAACAUCGCUGGUUACCUUGACGAGACUGGAGGCCACGCUACGAGUGGACAAAUCGGUGGCAGCCCUGGUGAGGGUGGCUCUGGCAACGGCACUGGAUCUCAGCCUUCUGGCACAGGAGCACCUCCAUCCGGCACCGGCAGCGCUCUUCCAUCCUCGAGUGAAACCACCAGCUCUUAA